CAGUGUGACAUGGGGAGUUGGGAGCAGAGCUGCUCAUUUGUUGCCUGAUUUCUGCUUGCAGCCAUGACCAUGCAAUUCAUCAGUCACCGGUUCCCAGAGGACCACGAUCCCACCAUUGAGGAUGCCUAUAAAAUCCGGAUACGCAUCGAUGAUGAACCUGCCAACCUGGAUAUUUUGGACACAGCAGGACAGGCCGAGUUCACAGCCAUGAGGGACCAGUACAUGAGGGCUGGCGAGGGUUUCAUCAUCUGCUACUCCAUCACCGACCGGCGCAGCUUCCACGAGGUGCGCGAGUUCAAGCAGCUCAUUUACCGCGUGCGCCGCACCGACGACACCCCCGUGGUGCUGGUGGGCAACAAGUCCGACCUCACCCAGCUGCGCCAGGUGUCCAAAGAGGAGGGCUCUGCCUUGGCUCGGGAGUUCAACUGCCCCUUCUUUGAGACGUCGGCCGCCUUCCGCUACUACAUUGAUGAUGUGUUCCACGCGCUGGUGCGCGAGAUCCGCAGGAAGGAGAAGGAGGCUGUCAUGGCCAUGGAGAAGAAAUCCAAGCCCAAAAGCAGCGUCUGGAAAAGACUCAAAUCCCCCUUUAGGAGGAAGAAGGAUUCUGUCACUUGAACAGAAAAUUUUUCUGCAAAACAGGACAAAAGCUGUGACCUUUUGUAACCAAAGCAGCUCGGUGACAAGGCUGACAGGAUGUGUGACACCCGAGGGACUUUGCGAGGGAAUGCGUAGCUCUGCCAGUUGUUUUUGUUUAGAGAUGUGUUGCCUUGAUUCUGGGUGUUGAACUUCACACCCAGUGACAGUUGUACUUUGUUUGUUGUCAUUUUUUUACUGGACCCAGCACUUGUUGGCCACCAAGGCCGAUGGGUUCGUGGCCCUGCACUUUGGAGUGUUUGUCCUUGGUCACAGCGCCCUGGAACUGUGCAAAGCUGGAGUUGGACCUCUCUGAAUCCAUGUUGUUUGCACAGGAGGAUUUUGCUGCUCUCCAUAACAACAACCCACAGUGCGAGGGGUUGGACAGGAGUUCACAAAGUGUCCUGGCCUUGGAGGUCACUGAGCAGAGCUGGGCUGGACUUGUGCCCUCGUGGAACAGAUUUCUUUCCAGGAAAAUCGCCAUGGAAUGCUUGUGUGCAAGUUCAUCCCAAGUGAUCAGUUCACCAGCAGUGCUGUAGGUGGGAUGUAAACGAGGCAGAAUCACAGAAAUCAUUCCCAGAUCACGUCUGGGAUCAUUGAGUCCAACCUGUGACCCAGCACCACCCAGAGCA